GGCGUCUGCCAGGAGCGCUUGGCCGGAGGAGGGCGGCAGCAGCUCCUCCGGCGGCCAGACGGUGCCGCCGCCGCCUCUGCUUGCGAAGGGCCCGCACCACGGCGCCCCGGAGGCGGACGCGGCGAGCAGCUCGUCGAGCGGGAGGCCGUCCGUGCUGACCCCGCCAGCGCUGCGCGCGGCCGCUGGCGCGGGCGCCCUGGGCGCGGACGGGGCGUCGUCCUUCCGCACCAGGUGCCUCGCGGACGCCAUGCACGGGAAGUGCGACAUCGACGCGGCCAUGGAGGCCUGGGGGACCGAGCUGCGCAUCGACACCGAGGACGUAGAGAUCGGCGAGAGCAUAGGCACGGGCUGCACUGCUCAGGCUGCUUGCGGCCGGGCGCCGCGGAGGGUGAGCGAG